UUGCAUUGAUAUCAGGGCGGUCACACUGCAGUCCACACCCAAACAGCAAACCAAACAAACAUUUCCCCAGGAAACCAGCGAAAUUCCAAUAGAAUUUCCCACUCAAAGGAUGCAAAAACCAUCCCACUUCGCACGCGAGGAUUCCCAGGAGCACCUGCCCACCAGCCACACCCAAAACAUCCACACGGUCAACAUGAAGAGGCGCACACUAUCCGGAAGUUGUGGCGUUGGCGUCUUCGUGUUCGCCUUUGCCUUCAUUGUGAUUGCAUUUGCAACGCCCAGUUGGUUGGUCAGUGAUUACCGCAUCACGGGCGCCAAGUUGGAUCGCCUGGGAUUGUGGGUGCACUGCUUCCGGUCGCUGCCGGACGUGAACGACGACAGCCAGCGCAGAUUCUUCGUGGGCUGCCGAUGGGUGUAUGACCCAUUUACCACAGGCUACGAUGAGAUCCGGGGAUUCCUGCUGCCCGCCUUCAUGAUAGCCACUCAGUUCUUCUACACCUUGGCCUUCAUCGGCAUGUUGCUGUCCGCCAUCGGAGUACUGGUCUUCAUCCUGUGUGCUGGUCCGGAUCAGAAGCACUUCAUAACGCUCAUUAGAUCGGUGGGAUAUGUGCUCCUCGGGGCUGGAGUAAGUGCAGCCAUUGCAGUGAUCGUUUUCGCUGGAUUUGGCAACCGGAAUGGCUGGAUGCCGGAGCACGCGAAUAAUUGGUUUGGCUGGUCCUUCAUCCUGGCAUGUGUGGGUACUGUGCUCACCCUGGUGGCGUCUAGUUUGUUCCUCAGUGAAGCCCACGUGCAACACAAGAAAAGAAUUCAGUUCAAGGAAUCGCAGACGCGGUUUGAGCUGGUGCGCGGAUAGUUGCCGUCGUGGCAGCUGGCACACUUGCACCAAGGAAAACACAAGCAAGCCAAGAGGAAAACAUAACAAAAACAUUCCGUCCCCACAAAGAAUUCUCACCCUAAACAUUACAGUCGAACUUCUCUAAGGCGAACCAUUUUAGCUUACAUGUUGUGGAAGUGCACGUUUUUAAUUUUGUUUUAUACUCGGUUUUUCUUACAUGUUGUGGAAGUGCUUACAUGUUUUUCUUACAUUUUGUAAAAGUGCACGGUUUUUCUUACAUUUCCAACAUACUUUAAAAAUUGAAAUUCUGUGGUAUCCAUGUGCAUAGGCAAUUGUUAAAGUAUUCAUGUCGGAAGCAUUAGUUUUAUAAUAGUUUAAUCGUUUAAAUAACGGUGGUGAAUUAAAGAAACUAAACAGCUUUGUUAUUUUGGAUUAUCUAUUUUUUGUCAUAUAUUCAUCGAUUUUCACUAACAAAUUUAUUGUAGUUCAGAGAAGUUCGACUGUACCCGUAGUUUUAAUUUAACAAGUUUAUGCAAUUGACGCCCUCACCGAGUCACAAGCUUUCAGUUUUUGGUACUUAUAUAUCAUCCAUCCAAUCGAACAGAUCAGUUCCAAGAGAAGACUGAAUGUUUUUCCGAAUGAAAACCAGAACCAUGCGCAGCUACUAUCAAGCAAAGAUGCUCAAACAGAUGACUCACGUUCAUGUAGAGUAUUCUACAGUAUUUACAUAUCAAUUUUCGCUCAAUUAACGCCCAGACACAAACAGCAUCCCCCUCCGCAAAUGUACCUUUUUUUUUUUUUUGGAAAAAGUCGCAGGCUAGUCGGAACAUUCAUCGAAAUAUUACACUUGUGCCUUAAUUAGAUAGAACUAUUAUGGUGUAGUUCGUAGCGCCUGAAAACAAAUUAUUGUUAUAAACAUACCUGAACGACUGACCUGCGACUAACUAUAGAGAUCAUUGAAUUGCAUAAACUUCAGCUAAGCUAGUGCCUUAAUUAAGUGACCAAGAGAAAGGUAAGCGAAUUCCGUGCAUUAGAUUUAAGAACAAAACAUUACCCUUUGAACUCGAAUAUUCCGCACAAGUUACCUUCUUUUAAAGGUAUUAAUAAGGUCUGUAUUAAUAAUCCGUCCGUUGCACUUGUAUUUGCAUUUGUAGCAUGUUCUAAACCGAGAAUUUACCAAUGUAUUAAAACAAUACAUACGUCUUUUACCCUAUAUACAAUAAUAUGUGUAACAUUUUUAUGUACAAACGACUUUUAGCUAAAGCGAAGAAUAAUAAAGUUUUUAUUGUAUACAACAG